AUGGCCAAGCCAGCCAAGAAAGUGGACUUCGUGCCGGUGUCAACGAUGGACGUCGAGGCGGUGGUGGGGCGGAGCGCCUCGCUGCCCUGCGACAUCGAGCCAGACUCCAAUGAGGAUCGGGUCUACAUGGUGCUGUGGUUCCGACAUGCUGGGGGCAAGCCGCUGUACAGUUUCGACGUGCGCGGGCGCAGCUUCAACAAAGCGCUGCACUGGUCGGACCCGCUAGCCUUCGGGCGGCGGGCGUACUUCGUAACGAUGUCCAGACCCUCGUCACUGACCGUGGACGCCAUACAGCUGGAUGAUGAAGGCAUAUACCGGUGCAGGGUCGACUUCAAGAACUCGCCCACGAGGAACUUCCAGAUCAAGUUGAACGUUGUUGUGCCGCCUCAUCAACUGCUGCUCUACGACGAGGCAGGGAGGGACGUGGCUGGUGUGGUCGGCCCUCUAGAAGAAGGAGGCAACUUCACUCUCCUUUGCGAGCUUCGAGGCGGCCGCCCUCAGCCGACCCUCACUUGGCUGAUCAACAACAAGCCGUUGGAAGACCACACGGUCCUGAAGAACGAUGGCAAGGUCAUCAUCAGCAGGAUCAGCGUGGGCGGUGCUGAGAGGAGCUGGCUGAACACCAGCAUCAGGUGCCAGGCCACGAAUACUCCCUUGCUGAGCCCCCAUGAAAGGACUGCUAGGGUUGAGAUGAGAUUACGGCCAACAUCAGUGAUGAUCACGAACAAACCAGGGCAGAUGUCAGCGGACCAAGAGAUCACGUUAGUGUGCGUAUCGCACGGCAGUCGGCCGUCCGCGCAAAUUACGUGGUACAGGGAAAAUAGGAGAUACACUAGGGGAAAGCACAGUGAAUUCACCAAUGAGACGACGACAGUUAGUCGGCUGAGCAUGCUGCCGCAGCCAGAAGACGAUGGCGCUGUCAUCCGCUGCCGCGCUGACAACCCGGUGCUCAGCGUCGCCCUAGAAGACUCCUUCAGGAUGAGCGUCGUCUACAGACCGGUGCUGACCAUGUCCCUAGGCAGCACUCUCAACCCCAACGACAUCAAGGAAGGGGACGACGUGUACUUCGAGUGCAAUAUCCGGGCCAACCCCAAGGAGCACAGGAUCUCCUGGUUUCACAACGAUAUGCUAGUGGCGCAGAACAUUUCCUCGGGAGUCUUCAUCAGCACCAAGUCCCUGGUCCUCCAGAGAGUGACGAGGAGGGAUGGAGGGCUCUACACUUGUCGUGCGGCCAACCAGAUGGGAGAGUCCAGCAGCCAGGCGGUCUACUUGAGGGUGCAGUUCGCGCCUGUAUGCGCCCAGCCUACGCCGCUCCUGAUCGGUGCGCGAUUAGACGAGCCGCUGCGCGUGCGUUGCACCGUGAGCGCGGACCCCGCCGAGGUCACCUUCUACUGGCAGUUCAACAACAGUGGGGAGAGCUUCCAGGUCUCGCCCGCUAGAUACGACGAGCCGCUGCGCGUGCGUUGCACCGUGAGCGCGGAGGUCACCUUCUACUGGCAGUUCAACAACAGCGGGGAGAGCUUCCAGGUCUCACCCGCUAGAUACGAAGCAGGUGAAAGCUUAGACUCCCCUGCCAUAUAUGGUAUAUCCAGUGAAGAAGACAAAGACACGAGGUCACCUUCUACUGGCAGUUCAACAACAGCGGCGAGAGCUUCCAGGUCUCACCUGCUAGAUACGUUCAACAACAGCGGCGAGAGCUUCCAGGUCUCGCCCGCUAGAUAUGGUGAGUCCAUCAUCAUUAGGUCUUGGUGGAGACCAAGACAGGCAGGCUUGCAGGAGUACGAACUGCUCUAA